CAGUAUCUUACAGAUUUCAACCUCGAUUAUUAUGAACGAUCCCGUCUAGCAACACCACUCCAUUUCGAUUGCGAUGCGCACGAACUUGGGAUGAAGGUACCAAAAGCUGAAGAGUUCUCGGUAGACGAUGUGUUAAGACUCGUCGGUGGAAACCGUAUGAUCGAGGUGGUCGAAGUUAGCGGUCAAACCAGCGUGAAGAUGUGCCUACAAGAUUUCAUUGAUUAUUACAAAACUCCAAGAGAAGAGCGAACGACACUAUAUAAUGUGCUCUCUUUGGAGUUUUCCAACACAGAGAUGGAGGAUAUAGUGCAGUCACCGACGCUUGUUCGCCAGAUUGACUGGGUUGACAAUCACUGGCCAGACGCUCUGCGUCAGCGAUACAUCACGUUUAACAAGAAAGGACAUUAUACACCUCAUCACACUUACCCCAAAUGGUAUUCUUUUUAUUGCAUUCUAAUUAUUUUCAUGUUGACUUCGGAGGCACUUCACUAUAACUUCCAGCUAAUGUUUCUGACGAAUAUCCGUCUCUAUGAGGAGUUUGUGAAAAACCCGGAGCAAACGGGCUUUUUUGGCCAUGUUGUCGACAAGUGCGCUAGGGUGGUUUUGAAUCCCGGAACUACGACGAUCAUACCGUCCGGAUGGAUCCAUGCUGUAUAUACGCCGUCUGAUAGUCUCGUUUUUGGAGGCAACUUUCUUCAUUCACUUCGUUCUGAAAUGCAAAUCCAAGUGUACCUCAGCGAAAAUCGCAUCAAUAUUACUAAGAAGUUUCGUUUCCCUUACAUAGAAGAACUUAUGUUGUAUGUAAUCGCAGAUGUCGUUCUGAAAUGUACUGGUCGCCGGUACGUCCGACCAGCUCGGAUUGAUAGUGCAAGAUUCGAUUAUGUCGGAAAAUUCUGGAAAGAAAAAGGAAAUCAUAGGAAAAUGGUCAGUUUCCACUCCGUACCUUCCCCACUUGGUACUAUGUGGGUAGUGAAGUCGAUGACUGUCCGUUUAGGUGUUGUCAACGUCAUCGCCAUGCAUGCUGAAAAUACUCUCCUAUAUAACACUGGAGUAACAGUAGCUGAUGAAAAUAUUGAAGAAGAAGUUACCAGUGGUGAGGAAAGAAAUGCGGAGGAAGUAGAUAAAGAGAAGAAGGAAGUCAUGCCACAUACAAUUAAUCCACAUAUUUUUUAUCAUGAAAUAUUUCAUGAUCUCUACGGGAGUUUUUUUUUUGGACGACUAUGUGAAUAUCUGCGCAAGAAGAGGUUACUGGAUGUAGCUGAAGGGAUAACUCAACCUGCGAGCCUCCUCAAUUGUUUCAACUGUAUUCUCCAAAAAAGGCGGGAACAACUGGUUAGUGUUGGCUUCAAAUGGUAUUUGCUUUUGAGAAUGUCAAUACCUACAUUUAUUGCAUUUUGA